AACAAAACAUGUCCUUAGUCACUUGCAAAUGUACAAUCGUACGCCAUGGUGUGCACUAGACCCGAUUGCAUAACCUUGACCAUAUUAGUAUUUCUCAUAAUUAGCCACCAACCUAGCUAGUGAUAAACCCAUGUUCAUGUUUGUGAUUCCCCGCCAAAACCUCCGCCACCGUCUUUCUCUCUCCUCCCUUCUUCGCCACCUCUCCACCACCACCACUUCCUCCAAACUCCACACCAAAUACUCCUUCACUCCUCCUCCCUCUCUCUCUCGCCAAAACCCUAAUUCUAACCCUAAUUCACCUUCCCAAAACCCCAAUUCAUCAACCAAAAUCCGCAAAAAGCCCCUUUACCGCCCUCCAUCAACCCUCGAUACCGGCGGAAAGCCCUUACGAUCAAACCUUCCCUUCGAUUUCCGGUACAGUUACACUGAGAGUAACCCCUCUGUGAGGCCCAUUGGGCUUCGCGGGCCCAAGCACUCUCCGUUUGGGCCGGGCCGCCUUAAACGGGAAUGGACUGGGGUUUGUGCUCCGGUGAAGAGUCCGAGGGUUUUGUCUGUAGACGGGGAAGUGGAGGAUGAUGAUUCUAAGCUGGAGGAGAGAAGGAGGUUGACGAAAGAGAAACUUCUGGGUAAGCCAUUGACGGAUGCUGAGAAGAAGAUUUUAGUGGACAGUUGUCAGAGGGGUAAAGUCAAGAAGCAAGUGAACCUGGGGCGAGAUGGUCUGACUCACAAUAUGUUGAAUGAUAUUCACAAUCACUGGAAGGAUGCUGAGGCAGUGAGGAUUAAGUGCAUGGGAGUGCCAACUAUUGAUAUGGAGAAUGUUAUAACUCAGCUCGAGGAUAAGACAUUUGGCAAGAUCAUCCACAGGCAAAGUGGUCUUCUUGUUCUGUACCGAGGUAGGAACUAUAAAUUUAAGAAGAGGCCUCUGAUUCCAUUAAUGCUUUGGAAACCCCAAGAGCCUGUGUAUCCAAAGCUAAUUAAAACUACGGUUGAGGGAUUAAGCAUUGAAGAAACCAAGAAAUUGAGAAAAAGAGGAUUAGCUGUUCCUGCAUUGACUAAACUCAGUAGAAAUAAAUACUAUGGUGGCCUUGUAGUUAUGGUUCGAGAUGCUUUUCUUGUGCAAGAGCUAGUUCGGAUAGACUGCACUGGUCUUGACAAGAGUGAUCACAAGAAAAUAGCCGUUAAACUUAGGGACUUGGUACCAUGUAUCCCUGUUAUUCUUGAAAAGGAACAAAUUGUAGUGUGGAGAGGACCAAACCACGAACCUACGGAAAAUAGGCCUAUUCUUACAGCAAGGGGGUCUGUUGAGAAUUCUAUUGAUAAUAUGAUUUGGGAUUCUUGAGGAUGUGAGCUUGUGUAUCUGUAAGCUCAAGGGGGACCCUGGGAGCAGUGACUAGAUCCAGCUUUGGUGGUACAAUUUGUCUAAUGUCACGGAAGCUUGGUGAUGUAGAUGUUUACAUGGUUGAUCUGCUUGACUGCUUAUUAAGCAUGUGGCAUUGUGGCUUCAUCCAGAUCUAAUAGCAUGUGGCUUCCCCUUUUUCUGCUUCCCCUUUCAAAAGUGCUGGCAGCCUGGUUGCUAACCAGAGAUAUCCCCACCUGGUUGCUAAGAGAUUACACGGUUGUUUUUAAUCGAAGAUGAUUUUCUCCUGUUAUUGGACCAUCCGACUAAUGGACGUAUUCCUGAAGAUCCCCUGGCAGCGUAAUGGACAAGCGAAGUCUUGUAAUCAUUCUUCCCCUAGAAGACAAUUGUGCAAUCAGAGUAAAUUAGAAUUUGGAAAUGUUGAUAUUUUGCAAUGAAAAGGACUUAAUAAUGUUGUGGAUAUGACUAUAUCACUAGAUUUUAAUUAGUUUAUUUAGUUAACUUUGUAAAGUAUGCCGUGUGUGUGUUUUUUGGAGUUUUAUAAUUCUGUGGACAUAAUUAGUUUCCGUAAUUGUUGCUAAUUAAGUGAAUUUUGAAAAGCAUGAGCUAUGC